AGCGGCCGCGGCCUGGCGGGUCCGAGCCCCCCCCACCCCCCGCCGCCCUCGCGGAGCCGCCGGGCCCCCCCCUCAGCCCCGCCCGCCGCGCCGCGGAGCCCCCCGGAGCCGCCGCACCCCGGAGCGCCGGGGAGGCUGAGAGGGAGUGACCCCCGGCCCCUCGCCCCGGGCUGGGACAGCUGAGGGGGGGCGCAACAUGGCGGAGGCCAAGGAGGAGGGGCCCGGCCCCCGCGGCAGGUUUGAAGAUAAAUCUGAUGCGGUAUUUGAUAUUACAGAAAAAUGUGGUGAAAUUCUGGAUGCAGAGAUGUCUGAGGAUGCUGACCACAGCUUAACUCCCGUCCUCGACAGCUUGUCUUACGGAGUAGCGAAUCGAGCAGGACCUGAAAAUUCACUGCAGGGUGAUGAUCAUGAUUAUUUUCUGAACUCUGGGGAUCUUGCAGGCAUACCUGUUAUUGGGAGUGACAACGAAGAUGAUCAGAAUUUCACUCCAAAAGACACUCUUUCUUCAGCAAUUCCUGAUGAAGAUCAUCUGGAAGAGGGCAAGAGAGUUCCAGAUCAUGAACUGGACAGUGAAAAAGAAAUUCAGGUUCAGAAUGCAAUCCAGAAGGAUCUCACUUCCCCCUUUGAGCAGGGCCCUGUAUUUAAAUCCCUUCGAAAAGAUUUUAGCAUAACGCGAGAUAAUGGCAAAGAGACUUUUUCAGCAAAGGACAAGAAUAGAGAAGGACAUUUGCAAGAUAAUGAAAAACGGUUGGAAAAAAUCCCUAAAGAUAUGGAUUCUAGAUUGAAAAGCAGUUUUCUUGACAAAGCAGUUCAUAAUCAAGUAGAAGAAACAUUACGGACGCAGUUAGUGCCACAAACUCCAGAAACUAACUUCAGGGAGUCUAGCUACCUAUUUUCUAGUAAGGAAUCUAUUGGACAAGAGCUGGGGAAUUCCUUUGCACCAAAUAUUAGAAUUAAGAAGGAGCCUUUGGAUGACGAAUAUGCUAAAGCUAUGGCCCCACAGCAGGGACUGUUAGACAAAAUUAAAGAUGAACCUGGUAAUUCUGAGGAGUACGGCCAACAGCCAAAAUCUCAGGAAGGGGAGCUAAAAAUCAGUGCUGUAUUUUCAGUCAGUGGCAAUCCUCUUGUUCCACAGCUGUCAUCAGGUUUCCAGCCUGCUGUGGCAUCCUCUGGCAUGAGUAAAAUGCUCCCCUCAGUUCCAAGCACAGCUGUUCGGGUUUCCUGUUCUGGCUGUAAAAAAAUCCUGCAGAAGGGCCAAACUGCCUACCAGAGGAAAGGCUCAACCCAGCUCUUCUGCUCCACACUGUGCCUCACUGGAUACACCAUUCCAGCUUCUCGCCCACCAGCUUCUACCAAGAAAACCUGCUCAAGCUGCUCAAAAGAAAUUCUAAAUCCAAAGGAUGUAAUCACUGCCCAGUUUGACAACACAGACUCCAGUAAGGAUUUCUGCAGCCAGUCUUGUCUGUCCACAUAUGAACUGAAGAGGAAACCCAUUGUCACUAUCCACACCAACAGCAUUUCCAGCAAGUGCAGCAUGUGCCAGAAGAAUGCAGUGAUCAGGCACGAGGUGAAUUACCAGAACGUGGUGCACAAGCUCUGCAGCGACGCCUGCUUCUCCCAGUUCCGCUCGGCCAACAACCUGACCAUGAACUGCUGUGAAUACUGUGGGGGGUACUGCUACAGUGGCUCUGGCCAGUGUCAUGUCCUGCAGAUAGAGGGACAGUCCAAAAAGUUCUGCAGUUCCAUAUGUGUGACAGCUUUCAAGCAGAAGUCAGCUAAAAUUACACCCUGCACACUGUGUAAAUCUCUGAGAUCUUCAGCUGAGAUGGUGGAGAGCACAAAUAACUUGGGGAAACUGGAACUGUUUUGUUCUGUUAAUUGUUUGUCAGCAUACAGAGUAAAAAUGGUCACUUCUUCAGGUGUUCAAGUUCAGUGCAACAGCUGUAAAACCUCAGCAAACCCUCAGUAUCACUUGGCCAUGUCAGAUGGGAGCAUUCGCAAUUUUUGCAGCUACAACUGUGUAGCAGCUUUUCAGAAUCUGUUCAACAAGCCUGCAGGACCCAACUCCUCAGUGGUGCCCUUGUCUCAGGGCCAGGUCGUUGUGAGCAUCCCCUCGGGGACAGUGGUCUCAGCCAGUGUCACCACCUCCACUGUGUCCCCCAGCUCCACCAGCACCUCAGCUGCAGCAGGGCUCCAGAGGUUGGCUGCCCAGUGCCAGCAGGUCACCUUUACCCGCUCUGUUGUGAAAAUCAAGUGUCAGCACUGUAACAGAUCGUUUGCCACCAAACCAGAACUGUUUGACUACAAGGGUAAAAUGUUCCAGUUCUGUGGGAAGAACUGCUGUGAUGAGUAUAAGAAGAAGAGCAAUAUGACGGCUUUGUGUGAAUACUGCAGGUUUGAGAAAAUUAUCAAGGAGACAGUGAGAGUCUCAAGCAUAGAUAGAACAUUCUGUAGUGAAGUUUGUAAACUGCUUUAUAAACACGACCUGUCAAAGCGCUGGGGAACCCACUGUAAAAUGUGCAGUUACUGUUUACAGACUUCCCCCAAACUGGUCCAGAAUCACUUUGCAGGGAAAACAGAGGAAUUUUGCUCAGAGGAUUGCAUGUCUAAAUUCACAGUUUUGUUUUACCAGAUGGCAAAGUGUGAUGGUUGUAAGAGACAAGGUAAACUCAACGAGUCCAUCAAAUGGCAAGGGGAGAUGAAACAUUUUUGCAAUCUGCUUUGUAUUCUGUCCUUCUGCAAACAGCAAGGUGCUUCUGACCCUCCACUCCCAAACAACACAGCAAACCUUUCCAUGGCACCAGCCUCCUCCUCAGGCCCUCCUUCUUUAAGAAAGGACUCAACCCCUGUCAUAGCAAACGUGGUGUCCCUUGCAAGCACCCCAGCUGCCCAGCCUACUGUUAACUCCAACAAUGUUUUACAGGGUGCAGUCCCUACUGUGACAGCAAAAACAAUAGGAGAUGCAAGUACCCAGACAGAUGCCCUAAAGCUCCCAUCAUCAAAACCACCCAGGCUUCUGAAAAACAAAGCUUUAUUGUGUAAGCCAAUCACCCAGACUAAAGCCACCUCCUGCAAACCUCACACACAAAACAAGGAAUGCCAGACAGAAGGAGAAGAAGCACCUGCUCAACCCCAGAUCAUUGUGGUACCUGUUCCUGUACCAGUGUUUGUGCCAGUGCCCCUCCACCUCUACACCCAGUACACACCAGUUCCCCUGGGGAUGCCAGUACCUGUACCAGUUCCCAUGCUCAUCCCAACUACCCCAGAUAAUGCUGAUAAGAUCAUUGAAAAUAUUCAGGAAAACAAGGAAAAGGUGUCUAUUAAUCCAUUUGAAGCUGAUCUCCUUCAGAUGGCAGAAAUGAUUGCAGAAGAUGCAGAGAGAGAAAAAACACAUUCUCAUGGUGGAUCUCAAACAUCUGAGCAUGAACUCUUCCUGGAUCCCAAGAUAUUUGAGAAAGACCAGGGCAGCACGUACAGUGGAGAUCUGGAAUCAGAAGCAGUGUCCACUCCACACAGCUGGGAGGAGGAGUUGAAUCACUACACCCUAAGAUCCAAUGCCCUGCCAGAACCUGAUCCAGAGCUCAAGCAGUUCUCCAAAGGUGAUGUGGAACAGGACCUGGAGGCAGAUUUCCCAUCAGACUCAUUUGACCCUCUCAGUAAAGGACCUGGUUUGCAUUCACGUUCACGGGCAAGACGGAGACACAGGGACGGCUUCCCCCAGCCAAAGAGACGGGGAAGGAAGAAGUCUGUAGUUGCUGUGGAGCCCCGGAAUUUGGUGCAGGGCUCCUACCCUGGCUGCUCUGUUUCUGGGAUGACCCUAAAGUACAUGUAUGGGGUAAAUGCCUGGAAAAACUGGGUCCAAUUGAAAAAUGCACAGGAGGAACAAGGGGACCUGAAGUUUUCAGUUCAUCCUGUGAAGCUCAAGGAGGACAUUCUCUCAUGCACAUUUGCUGAGCUGAGUUUUGGCUUGUGCCAGUUUAUUCAAGAGGUGCGGAGACCAAAUGGAGAAAAAUACGACCCUGACAGCAUCUUAUACUUGUGCCUUGGAAUUCAGCAGUACCUGUUUGAGAAUGGUAGAAUAGAUAACAUUUUCACCGAGCCCUAUUCCAGGUUUAUGAUUGAGCUUACAAAACUUCUGAAAAUCUGGGAACCUACAAUUCUUCCAAAUGGUUAUAUGUUCUCAAGAAUUGAAGAGGAACACUUGUGGGAAUGUAAGCAGCUGGGUGCAUAUUCCCCCAUUGUUUUGUUGAACACUCUUCUGUUCUUCAACACCAAAUACUUCCAACUAAAGAAUGUCAGUGAGCACCUGAAACUGUCCUUUGCCCACGUUAUGAGGCGCACCCGGACUCUGAAGUACAAUACUAAGAUGACAUAUUUACGUUUUUUCCCACCCUUUCCAAAACAAGAGGUAGAAUCAGAUAAAUUAGCAGUAGGCAAAAGGAAACGCAGUGAGGAUGAGGAGGUUCCAACAGCAGUGGAGAUGGCUGAGAACACAGACAAUCCCCUGCGGUGUCCAGUCCGACUCUAUGAAUUCUACUUAUCAAAAUGUUCUGAAAGCGUGAAGCAGAGGAGUGAUGUGUUCUACCUGCAGCCCGAGCGCUCCUGUGUUCCCAACAGCCCCAUUUGGUAUUCCACAUUGCCAAUAGACCCAGGAACCUUGGACAUCAUGUUAACAAGGAUUCUUAUGGUGAGGGAGGUACACGAAGAACUUGCCAAAGUCAAAUCAGAGGACUCUGAUAUUGAGUUAUCAGACUAACUGCAGUGGGGUAUUUUCCUUUGAAUACACGAGAGAAGCACCAAAAUGUGAAUACGUCCAUCCUUUGGAAAAUGUGUAUCAAAUAAGCCAAGAUAACAUCACCUACAGGCAGAUUUUGUACCACAGUGGAUGUACAAACUGGAACUGGAAGGAAGCAAGCUGUGUAAGCUGCAAAUCUCAACGUCCUGUGGCACCAAUCAAUCCUCAGAACAAAUCCAAGUGGAACUCACCUACUGGAUUGGUGCAUAAAUCCUUUAUCUGUUUAGGAUUUUUAAAAGUUGUGAGAUAUUUUUAAAGAAAAUGGUUGUGUAAAAUCUACCCUCACACUGUUGGGCAUGGAGAGCUAGAUUGUGGCUCAGGUGACUUCCCAGCCUGCUGGCUGGCAGCCCUUGCUGCCAAGGAACUCGUGGAGAUCCUCGAGCUCUUCCAGAGGAUACGAGAGAAAAGGGGUGAGGUUUAGACAAGCAGACACCUUCCGUUAUAAAUACACCUUCACCUACACUUUGAUCAUUUUUGUUUGGCUUUUUUUUGUUUUUUUGUUUUUUUUUUUUUUUGGAAACUGGGAUCAAAUGUUGGGAAGGCAGGAGCCACUGGCCAUCCCAAUGGACAACUCUGGCUGCUGUUAACUGGUCACACGAGGUCAGACUCCAGCUCCUGCUCCAGGCUCACUCUGUUGGAAGAGGUGCUGUAGGUCAAACUUCUGAGUGACCUUUUGGGGAAUGUCCAGGAGGGGAUGUCCUGGGCUCUGUGCAGAUUCCCUUCCCCAGCCCAGUAUCUCUGCAGUCUGUCCAUAGAACCCAGCAAGUACUGUGGUGCACGGAAAGUUUCUUUCCCUUAAGGCAGCUUUCCUUUCUCCUCUUUCCCUGCUCCUAUGGGCUUGACUAUUUUGUAAGGCAAAUCUAGAGAGGGCUUUGUCAUUUCAAACAGAAAUACACACACACACUCUUUCUCUUUCCACCUUUGCAACACUGGCAGUGUUGUACAAAGGAUGCAGUAUUACUUCUGACAACAGAACUGUUGUAGAAAAUGACCAUGUGUGUUUUUAUCCCACCCCACCCAAAGAGAUUUAGUCAUAGUGUUGGAAAUUGAAAGAGUUUUUUUUAAGGCUUGGCUGUUACUGAGUCUUUUGGAAGAGAAAAGCUCCCAUGUGGUGUUUAGAGGACAGGACAUUAUCAGGUACUGUCUGUAUCUGUUUUCUCAAGCUCUAGGUGUGUGUUUCUGAUGACCAGUUGUCACAAAUUCAUUGGAAACCCAAACUAUUUUUGAAGAGGAGAAUUGUAUGGUUUUUAUCUAGCUCUGGUCAGUUAUCCAUCUUCUAUAACAGGGGUCUGAUAUUUGAGCUUGUCACUAAAAUUUCAAGAGAUGAAAAUCAACAGCCUUGAAUAAUAUUUCAGGUUUUUUGUUCUGUUUUUGUUGGUUGUUUUUUUUUUUUAAUUAUUUUUUUAGCAGUUACAAAAGUAAUUUAACAAAAAUAAAAUCAGAAAGUAGUCUAUUGACGUUGUGUACUCGGUAGUCCUGUCCCUGCCUGUAACAGAUUUCACUGAUGUAUUUUUUAAUACAGAAAAUUAUGUGAAAAGUAAAACCUGCCCCUGAUUCUGUCUGACCAAAGCCCAUCUGUGUCUGUCAUUUCUGAGCAAAGGUUCUGCUUUCUCCAUGGCCCAGCAUUCCCAGGGGAGAUGUUUUGGCCACUCCUCAGCACAGGGAUGCUCCUGCAGGCUCAGUUUGUGCUCUAUGAACACCAACCUGCCCCUCCCCAUUGUAACACUGAACAGUGAAAUUGCAGGCAGAGUGGUUUGGAUUGGGAAGGUUAAGGGAGAACAGAAUAACUCUGGAAGGAUCAGUUUGUAGGGGAUUGAGAAUGUCUGAGGUGUGCCCAGGGCCUCGGUGGCCGUAGCCCAGGGGAGGCUGCAGAAACCCCUGGGCAGCUGCUGGGGGUGCAGCACUCUGUCCUUGCCUGCUCCCUCCUUCCCUCACCCCCUGGGAGUGAGCAAGGCAGCAGUGAGGACAGGCUGUGGGGAGGGCAGGCUUUCCUUGGGUGGGGAUGGUGUGAAAAAUAAUCCCAAAGUUGUGUGUUCCUUAACAGACAUUAACAGAAAUAUUCCCAUAGAAUAACAGGAUAUUUCUACCUUAUGAGAAACACUUCUCUUUCUCUGUUCUCACUGUUUCUUGUCUGGGAACACUUUUAUUGAGGUCAUUUUUUUGCAGGUGCUUAGAAUGAAAGAUACUUGCCUUUCAGAUUUUCUCAGCAAGGCAAGUGAAAUCACCUCAGUUUUCACUGGCUGAGAGCAGAGUUGUUAAACAUUAUAAACUCCUUUGACUGGCUGUGACAUGAGAAACAUUUCAUUGCAGUUCCAUGGUAAUAAUUAACACAGUGAGUAGUUUUAGUUUCUGUUUCACUCCUGCUUGAAGGCCCUUUGGCAAUGGUCUGCUGGGCUAUUUUUGCCUCUUGAGGGAUUUCUUGUCAGCCCAGCUCAAGUUCACACUGAUACACAAAGAAGGAUUGCCUUGAAGGAUUAAAGUAUAAAGUAUUUGUAGAUUAUACACACAGGCUCAAAGUUCUGAACACAAACUUGUUUGUAAUCAACAUUUCUGACUGCUGAGCACAGAAGAUUUAUUGAAAUAUUCUUUUAAACAGAAAAAUCAUGUUUUGUCCUGCUGAGUUAACUGGGCUGGAAAAGACCUUUGAGAUCAUCUAGUCCACCAUGAGACUGAACACCAGCUUGUCAACCAGACCAUGGCACUGAGUGCCACAUCCAGUCUUUUCCUAAACUGUAGUUUCAGUGUGGAGAAAGAAGCAAUAAAGAUGGGUGUGAGAAAGAAAAAUAGAAAACUUCCUGCUACCAGUGCAGGAGGUGCUUGGUGCAAACCUGCUGCUCCAUCCUGGCUUCAGUUCACUAAAGAAGGGAACUGGGGGCAUGUUGAAAGCCACAGAACUAGGUGCAAAAGGAAGUUAAAUUACCUUGGGAAUUAUUCUGCCAGCUGCUAAAAAAACACCCCAGGAUUUCUCUGGAAUAGUUUCCAACUCCUCAGAGACAUAAAUCAGCAGCAAAGUCUCUUGUCAGGUGUCCCCAGGUGUGCUGCUGGUUCAGUGCCAGGGGUGACUCAGACAAAUGUGCAAUAAAGUAAUUGGUUUUUUUUAUAAUCUCAGUAACUCCCCAGUCCCUUGAGCAGCAGUUUCAGUGUUGCCUUAGCCAAAGAACCCAGAACAAAUACUCAUGCACUGAAUGCUUACUGUGCUUGUAACAGCUCUGCUCCCCUCAGCACAACAGGUUCCUCCCCAUUCUUCCUUGACCUGUCAUUCAUUUUAAACAUUCCAGAGGCAAAACAAAGAUUUGCUGUCUUCAAUAAAGAGCUUCUCCCUGGCAGUACUUCCCCUGUAGCAUCAUCAGCCUUGUAAGAUGAUGUGUAAGAAAUAAGUUUAGAGCUGUUGAGCUCCUGAGCAUUAACUGUUGGUUUUGUUGUUUUUCUUUUAACCUGUGUACAAGCACCAAAAGUACAUAAAAAUCACAGACCACUGCUGAGGAGAAAGGCUAGAAGGAGUUUUGGGAGCACUGAAAUGGAUGUGUUGUGCCUCUGAGAGCUGCAGGUCUUGUCUCAAGUUGCCAGAGCUUCACACCUGCAACAGGUGACAUGACAGAGCAGUCCCACAGGAUCCCCUUUGCCUUACAGGGAAAUCCCUUUGGUCCAGCACCACAGCCACAGAGCUGAGCAGGUAGGACUGAUUCUGUUUUUGCAUCUUCCCCAGGAGGAAACAAUUGGUUUGGAAAUGAUGGGGGGUCAAAUGGUUUUGCACAAUAAUACUGUGUUUGUUAUGGAGUUGAUCCCAGCCCUUUUUAAGGUGGAUUUUUUAAAACCAAGGAAGAAAUCACUCAUUUAGUCAGACCACUGGCACCAACUUCUUCCAGCAGCAGAGUUAUAAGAAUUUGCCUUUUUAUCUUCAGUUUCCCCACCACAAUCCCAAGGAGCACUCCAGAAGUUUUCUGUUGUGUUGUACUUUCAGAGGGAGCAGCUUUGGACAUGCCAGGAAGAGCAAGUGGCAGAAGAGCUGUUACAAGGUGCUGGGAAGGUGCUUUGGGGAGGCAGGUAAUUGAUGGUACAUGGCAAAACACUAAUAUAAAUAAUAAGUCCCUCAGAUUCAUGGUUUUAUAUUCAAAACACCUCACUGAGGAGGUCCUUGAUGCUCAGCCACUGGCACCAGUGCUGGCUGUGCUCCAGGGAGUGUUGCACAGAUGCAGAAUGGUUUUUAAACCAUAAAAGGCUCAAAGGAGCUUGGAUUCCUCUGGCCACAGAACUGAGAUGUCCAUUGGCCAUCACAUUCCCUAAAAUGAUGGAUUUUCAGCAGACAUUCAGCUUUUAUUAGAGAAACAAGACCUGGGAUACCUGACUUUCACCUGCCAGGUGGGAGAAGGAAAUUUAUGACAAUGAAACAGUGAAGUUAGAGCUUAACACCCCAAAUCUCAAAACCAAGAACAUGGUUUUAAUCCUGGAAGAUCCAAGUGGAUGUGGGCAGCACAAGCCACACACCCCAGCUUGGUUGUCUUGAUUCUUAGUGAGCCUUUGGAUAUGCCAACAGAGGAGUUUGGGCCUGUAGGUCCUGGGCUUUUUGCCCUCUCUUCUGCAAAUUUAUAGCACAGGCAGCUACAGCAAUUUGCAAAGUCUUUGACCUGUUGGGAGCCAGGCUGCAGCUUUGGAGAGAAGAGUGAGGGUGAUGUUACCUAAACUUUCUCCCCAGCACUGACUCACCCCCCAGCCCCAGCCCACAAUUCCCAUCACUCCUGAGGACUGGUGACACCUCAUGUCUUGUCCCUUCCAGUCUGUACCUCAGUUGUACUCUCUGUGAAUUGGCCAGACUUUCCUACCUCGUUUGGGCAUUAUGAGGCAGAAUUCUACUGGAUGCUUUGCAGCCCUGUGAUGAAAGGUGCUAUAAAAUUGCAAAGUGUUACUUCAGAAGAUGCAAAUAGGUCACCAGUGCAUCAUAACCAAUAUUAAACAGACAUUUUCUUAUAGCAGAAUUUAUAGAGUUCAAUGUAUGGUAUUGAUAAGGGAAUUA